CCUACGCCAUCUCCACCACCGUCUGCCCUGUCGAGACCUACCCUGCCGGUCCGGGCGAGACCUACCCUGCCGGUCCCGGCGAGACCUACCCUGCCGGCCCGGGCGAGACCUACCCUGCCGGCCCCGGCGAGACCUACCCUGCCGGCCCCGGCGAGACCUACCCUGCCGGCCCCGGCGAGACCUACCCUGCUGGUCCCGGCGAGACCUACCCUGCUGGUCCCGGCGAGACCUACCCUGCUGGUCCCGGCGAGACCUACCCUGCCAACCCGCCCCCAGUCGAGACCUACCCUGCCAGCCCGCCUCCGGUUGAGACCUACCCCGCCAGCCCGCCCCCGCAGACCAUCGUCACCAGCUACGCUCCCAGCGCCCCCCCGUCCCCGACUGAGACCGCCUCCGGCGAGCUGCCCGUCACCGCCGCUGCUGGCCGUGUCGCCGGUUCCUUCGGGAUGGCCGGUGCCGUCGCCAUGGUUGCCGCUGCCUUCCUUUAAGGACCGAGCAAUGGGGGUCGCGUUCCUUUUUUCGGUUCUUUCCAUCUAGUCUUUUGUGUGCUUGGCCGAAGGCCUCGCGUCACUUUACGUGUCUCAUGAACAAACAACGAUGGGGCACUUUUUGGGAAAUUUGGGAAAGUGGAUAUGAUAAUCGCAUUCCUGUACAUAGUAUACUUUAAUUAUAUAGAACCAUCUAAUGGGCCUGUCAUGACACCAAUAUUGUAUGGUGUUCAACAUCUGC